CUAGCGGUUUUAGGAUUUCUGUUUUGUCGCUGGCAAAUGUGCCAAACAAACAUUUUUCUGCAGUGGGCUCAGCAUGAGUGGAAGAUGAGGCAGAAGGUCACGCAGAAGGUUUAUUUUCACGCAAGGCGGAUGAAACGGCUCCGCAUGAAGCGACGCGCAUCCAACUUAAUGGUGGCGAUGAUCAUGUCCGCCUUUUUCAGACGUCAACAGAGGACCAUAUGGGUUCAGCCACGUCCAUCAACUUGGUGGGAAGCCGUUAGCAGCUCCUGGGAUGAAGUGGAUUGGAAAAAAAACUUCAGGAUGACAAAGACCUCCUUUCUGCAUCUUUGUGACAUCCUCCGACCACGUUUGACACGACAGCACACUAACUUUCGUAGUCCACUUCAUGUUGAGCUGCGGGUUGCAAUAUGUCUGUGGAGGCUUGCAACAAAUCUGGAGUAUCGCGUCAUCUCCCACCUAUUUGGCAUUGGCAUUUCUACAGCCUGUUGUGUCACACAACAGGUUGUUACUGCUAUUAACGUGGAAAUGAAAUCUCUGUAUAUAAAAACCCCUUCAGAGGCAGAGCUUAUGGUUAUUGUCCAGGGCUUCAGGGAUCAAUGGGCGUUACCCCAGGUUGCAGGUGCAAUUGAUGGGACUCAUAUCAGCAUUAUGGCACCGGAUGAGAAUCCUGUUGACUAUUACAACAGGAAAAAUGCAUACUCUGUUAUUCUGCAGGGUGUGGUUGGAUAG